AUGUUUGUGUGUUGUGUUUGCGAUUCAAAUAGUAUUGAUGUGAACACGAGUUCGGGUUCAGUGAGGGGUCAGACACUCCAUGUCUUGAAUCGCAAAAUACAUCAAUUCUUGAAUAUACCCUACGCUGAGCCCCCUUUAGGCCCACUCAGGUUCGCCCCUCCCCUACCACUCAACGCACCAAAACAGGAUAUAAUAGAUGGCACGAAAUUAGGCAAUAGUUGUAUUCAGCGCAUGAUAAUUGGGGUGAAUAUUAGCGAAGAUUGUCUUGUAUUGAAUAUAUGGACAGCAAACGUGGACAAUAGCGAUGAUAGUCCGUCGCUAACGGUUCUCAAACCAGUAAUGUUUUACAUAUAUGGCGGAGGAUUGAGUUUGGACUCAAUAUUUUAUGAUCACUACAACGCGAGUGUUUUGGCCACCAAUGAUGUGGUGGUUGUGUCCGUUAAUUAUAGAGUCGGGCCGUUGGGCUUUCUAUACGGCGCCGAUCGGACAGCGCCCGGAAAUGCGGGCUUUUAUGACCAGUUAUUGGCACUCAAAUGGGUUAGGGAAAACAUUCACGCAUUUGGCGGCGAUAAGGAUCAGAUGACGAUCUUUGGCCAGAGCGCCGGGAGUUGGUCGGUGUCCGCACACAUACUCUCCCCGCUAUCCAAAGGCUUAUUCAAGAGGGCUAUUAUGCAGAGCGGAUCCCUUAUGUACAACAGAGAGCGACCGGUGCUCAACACCGUUGAGGCCCUGCAAAAAGCUAAACAAUUGGCCAAACGGUUGAAUUGCGAUCAAUACGACUAUAAAUGGUUAGACUGUUUGCGGGCAAUACAAGACCCAAAUUUAUUUAUAAAGGUUCCAGAAAAUGGAAAUCCAUAUAUAUUGACACAUUCGGUGUUUGGGACCGAGUUUUUACCUAUUUUACCUCAAAAAUCUCUUGAAUUAGGGUUAUAUAAUUCUGACAUUGAACUAAUAGCCGGUGUGACCGCAAAUGAGGGCACAUCACUCGGGUUUGGAUUAGUGCCAGAAAUGCGAGCAGAACUCACGGAACCGUUGUUUCGGAAAGCGGUACACGAUUUGCGUAAUGAUUACCAUAAUAUAAAUGUGGACAAAGUGUGCGAUCAUUAUCUAAAAGGUGUCCACAAAACUAACUCAUCGCAACUGAAAGCAGCGUUUCGGCUACUUUUGGGUGACUUAGCGAUCACUUGUCCCACAUAUCAUUUCGCCAAGAGAUUGGCCGCAAAUGGACAUAGAGUUUAUUUUUAUCAACUUAGUUUUCAAUGCAAACUAUUUGAUAGUCACAUGGGCUGUAUUCCGGGGCACGUGUGUCACGGGGCGGACUUAAACUUGUGUUUUGGUCAUCCACUCAAACAACAAACACUUUUUACUGAAACUGAAUACGAUUUCUCUAUUGAUGUGAUGAAAAUGUGGACUAAUUUUGCAAAGACUGGCAAACCACAUGACAUUUGGCCACAACUUUGGGACAAAUCUGUGAUUCGAGUGAAAGACUUGAAUCCCAACGAUUUGUCACUUAUUCUCGACAAUCCAUUUGAGAGUACAUGUGAUGGCAUUUGGAGUCAAUAUUUCUGAUCAAUUAUUAAUUAUA